AGACACUUACAACACUGCCUAAACGUGGGGAUGUUAUUAACUUCUUACAACAGAAACACUACUCUAUUACAUGUUUGUAAGAUACACAUUUUAUCUCUGAGCACGAACCACAUAUUGAAGCUCAGUGGGGUUACAAGUGCGUCUUCAAUUCAUAUGUGUCGAAUUCAAGGAGUGUAUGUAUCCUGCUCAAUAACAACUUUGAGUUUGAAAUUCACGGUGAAACAAAAGACAGUGAAGAAGGCUGAAGCUAGCAGCCACUAACCAGCAGCCAAUAAGGCCAUAGAAGCUAGCAGCCGAUAAGAAAGUUCAUCAAAGUACUACGAGUAACCAGACGGAAUAAAUAACUUUCCAGCCUAAAAGACGUACAAAUGUACAACAACAAAAAACCCAACGUACGAUCAACUCAAGCGGUAAAGUAUCACAAGACCAUGGUACGUGCCAGAGGGAAAACUAAUCCCUCUUACGCAGGGUCAUCCGUCCAAGCAGCGUCAGCCAUCAACGCAACCACAUACAGGCCUAAAAGGUCAACUUCUAGUACGAAGUCCCGGACAGCAGCGGCCCACACAGUAUCGUCAAUACCUUCAUCCGGGGCUGAAGUGACAUCCGGGCCUGAAGUGACAUCCGAAGCUGAAGUUACGGACAGGAUAGGCGCAAAUACAAGUGUUGUAUCAGCCUGUGCGUCGAUGCCCUCGGCAGCUGUUCAACUCCUUGAAGCUACUGCUAGUUCACCUGAGGUACCAAUACAAGGUCAAAAUAACAUGGGCCUGUUCAGGCAAUUUCUUCAACUUCUGUGGAAGAAUCUUGUUCUCAGAAGACGACAGAAGCAUGUGCUGUUGUUAGAAGUAGUAUGGCCAGUUUUCAUAUUUUUGGUUGUCAUAAUUAUUCGUCAAGGCACACCGCCCGAAAAAAAAUCCACAUGUUCGUACAAUGAGCACGCCAUGCCCAGUGCCGGUCUCGUGCCUUUCCUGCAAUCCACAGUGUGCAAUCUACAAAACCCGUGCGAAGUGCGGAGCAGCUUAGAAAUGAAACAAAACAAUAUGAAUAGUUUUGCUGCAGCUGUGCGGGAUCUGAGUCCCCAUUUCUCGGACAAGCCGACCCUAGAGGCCCUGAAAUCGGUGAAGACGGGGGUCAAGCUGGCCAAUGUCAUCAACGACAUUUCCAAGAAUGGCUCAUUAAACAACUUAAUGAAUGACACAAGUUUUGUAGUGAAGAGAUUUUUCAGAGAUCCUGACAAAAUGAAGCAUACUUUGGUCAAUGAACUUCACGUAAUGUCUGAUAGCGUAGCUGAUGCGCUACUCGGCGCUGAACUCAACGUACCGGAGGUCCUUCAUAACAUCGGUUCCAUAGACUUCCGCCGCAUUGUUUGUGAUCGGGACAGAUUAAUGGAAUACAUGAUGUUUCGACUCAACGCCAAUGUGACGUCAGUGUCGAUGACACUAUGUUCCAUCCCAGAAAGCAAGAUACCGGAAAUCACUCAUGUAGUCCAGAACCAAAUUGACGUGGCCGCCAUUUUACGUGUGUCUAAAACACUAACGGCUCUGACUAUGGAUUACACUCUGACGGACGCACUAGAAGACAUAGCUACUAUGACGGACCUAUUGUAUGGAACCUCCAACUUCAUGAGCGUUAUCCGAGACCUCCCGGACCUCAAGGACCUCCCCAGUCUAAUGCACAAAAUCCCCGGCCUGGUGGAUUCCGUCAUCAAGCUUGGGCUCACUGAUCUCUCCUGGAUGACAGAUAUGGUGAAAUUUUUGGAUCCAAUCAUCUACCGUGUGGAUCCCAACAAUGUGGGCUGGAACAUCACCAAGGAGAUAGUUAAUGUAGUUCUGGAAGUCUCCAACAUUGCAAGUGGAAAGACACAUUUUAAUAUGACAGACUUGGUUGGCGAGCAGCAGAAAGUGAUGGAAAUGCUGGAGUCCAGAAAUAUGAGUUUGGACUGGCUGUCUGCUGUUCCUGACGUAUCCAUUGACAACGCUGUGAAUGUCAUAUCGGCUUUGUUCAGCGCCAAUUUCACAGGGCUCAAUGAAACGACCAUCCUCCGUGGUAUGAAUGAGAUCCAAAACUUCACCGAGAUGAUCCUUGGAAACAACAGCCAGUUUGUUAUGAAUUCUAUCGAUGGCACCAUGGAUAUUCUGUCCACGGUGUUGGACAUUAUGCGAGAGCUUGAACAGAAUAUGAAUUCAACUUUUGUGUACAACCAAGAUAUAAUGAAUGCAUUUACAAAACUAAUUGAAUAUGGACCAAAUAUAACAAAGUCUGUAGUGAUGGCGUUCAUCGAACCGGAAAACUUGCUGGUUGUCAUAAACAGCACAGAAAACUACCCAGCGAUCUGUAGGAAGAUUGUGCGCCAGAGUGUGACAGACGGAACAAAUGGUGGCCACACCAGCAUCACUAAACUGGAGAGUAGUCUCUGUACUCCGAAAAUCGCCAAGAACCUCGAGGCCAGCAUGCGCAUGUGGGAGGACUCGUUAAACAAGAUACAACUGUUGAUGGAUGACCUCGUAAACGGUACUUUCAGACGUGUGGAACUAGCCACCAUCUACCAGAAGGCUAAGGUCAUGGUGAUGGGGGUCGAGGAGCUGUAUGGAAAGGGCAGUGUGUGGGAGGCGAUGGUGAACAGGAUAGGUUAUCCAGUAAUCGACCAGAGGACUGACGAAUGGCAGGAAUUCUUCAAAGACACUCAAACUUACCUCAUUCAGGGAAGUUGGCCUGUCGCUGUAGUCAUGACUGGACAGUACUUGGAAAAAUCACCGAUGUGGGAACCUAUUAGUCCGUACGUUAAAUCUAUGAAUGCAAUUAUGAAGAAUCAAUUGGACCAGAAUCAAAAAAUGGAAGACUUGAUGGGGAAAAACUCGACAGUGAUGACUAUGAUGAGAUUCGUGGUUGAUUAUUCUCCGGAAAUUGCCGAAGCUGCUAUGACAUUGUUGCAGAACGCAACCAUGAUUCAGACAUUGGCCAGUCAAGGCUUUACGUUGGAAUCUUUCUGCGACAACCACAUGCUCCAAGAGAUGGGCAUGCCCAGUUACGUACCAGUGGUUACCAUGGAGAAUACGAUAUGCACAACUAACUGGACGGCAAUGGUGACAGAAGUAGUAUCUCUGGUGGAGGAUAUGAAUUCUAUGAAUGAAGAGAUCCCAAAGUAUUUCACACAGAAUGACCCCAGCACAGACUUUGACUGGUCUCAGAUGGUGUACAACAUUGACAGUAUGGUAAAUAUGGAACAGAACUCGGUGACUAACAUGAUGGAGGCAAUACAGACGUUUAACUUCAGCCGGGUUGGUGAAGCAGUUGAAGUGAUAAUGAAUAAAAUGACGGAGCCAACAAUGAAUAUCAUGUCACAAUUGAACACAACUUCUUCCAUGAAAAAUAAUAUGCAGAGUCUCAUGAGUUUGGGUGCCGGCUUUGUUCCAACUCUUCAACAACUAGACAGGCAGUUGGUGAAUAUUAGUGAGUGGAGAAUGGUGAAGUACUAUGUCAACACUUGGAGCAGAAUUACUGAACUGGCUCUGGGAUUUCUCGAUGAUUCCAUGAUGGAUCUUGACAAGUAUCUGAUGGAUUUAUCCCCCACUUUCUCCGACUUCCUGAACACAGUAAACAACUCCGCUCCUUCACUUUUUGAGGCACUGAAGAAGGUCCCUCUUCAUCCGGGCAUGCUGCUACAGAAGUUGCUAACUACAAACCUAGCAGAGUUGUGUCACAGUGUAAAGGUCUCCGAUCUUCUGGACAGUCCCUCACUACUUCCGUACGAGGAGCACCUAUGUAAGGUCGACUGGACUAAGGUGUACAGAGAGAUGCUGGAUAACACUGGCUUGUCAGCCAUUUUUAAUGACACUAUGGACCCUGAAACUCUGGGCGAUAUUCAUGUCAACUGGAACGAGACGUACUACCAAACAGAGCGAUUGUUUGAGGAAGUCUGGAAUCUUUUGUCGGAUCCGACCAAGAUGACAUCAGCUUUAGAAAAAUUCUACAAUGCACAACUCGGUAAAACCAACAUGACUGUUGACAGCCUCAUGUCUCUAUGGAAUGCCACACAACAUAUGGAUUUAAAUAAGCUAGGAGAACUGGCAAACCAAUUACCAGCCAUUUUAGAAAUGUUCAGCAAACUGAGUGGGAAUUCCUCGAUGUCUUGGUCCCUGAUGAACAUGGAACAACAAUAUCGUUAUCAAAACUACAUCUUUAACCAGUUUCUUAUCAACCAACUGCAUUACUUCAAUGACACUACACAUGUAACUCUCUCUGCGUACUUUAAUUCCCCGGAAUUGGAUCGCCUCUUUAACCAGCUCUCGGACUCCCCUGCGAUGAGUGGAGUACUGUACAGGAUCAUGGUCAACGUUCUGUUUGAUCCCUCCAAGAUGACGAACCUAACUAAAACAGCGGACAAGUUUUGUACUGACCCAGGGAUUCUGACUCCAUACGUAUCGGCCAGUGAUGUCCAGUUAGCGGAGAAGUUACAGAACUACAUCUGCGACACAAUUAACAUGAAUGUAACAGCAUUGCUACAGGAAAUCUCACAGGCCCAUGGUGUCUCUCAGCUAAUGGAAGCAUUCGAGAAAACUGAUGAAUUUCCGUCUAUCAAUAUGAGCCUGAUAAUGGAACAAUCACAGAAAAUCUCCAAGCUGGUAUCCGACAUGAUCAUGCACCCGCCGACCUUCAGUCUGACUGGAAACGAUGAUUGGUUAAAUGGAUCUCUGUACACACAAGAGUUUACAGACUUCCUACAGAGACUGACAGACAAAACCACCAACACGGAUAUUCUACAGAAUGGGCAGUUAGCAGAACUAAGCUAUCAGAUACCAGCUAUACUAGAUAUGAUAAACAGGAUGACAGGGAACUCCUCAGAAUUUUCAGCUCUGAUGUACAUGGAACUACAAAUGGUGUACCAGACAUACUCCAUUCAAAACUUCCUCAUUAAACAGUUACAAUUUUUUAAUGAUUCUACAGACAUCACGCUGACAACGUAUUUUAAUUCCCCUGAACUUAGUCGCCUGUUAAACCAGAUCGCAGAUUCACCAGAAAUGAGCGGAGUUUUAUUCAGGACACUGGUCGAUGUCAUGUAUGAUCCUCAGAGGACACAAGCGCUUACAAACAGUGCGGAGAAAUUCUGUACAGAAUCUGGUGUGCUGUCUUCAGUGGUGGACCCAGCUGAUGCGCAGGCAGCUGAAAAACUCCGUAGCUACACAUGUGACACCCUGAACAUGAACGUUACGGUAUUGUUAAACGAGCUUCUUGAUGCUCGUGGAUUUAGACGACUAUUGGAAGACCUCCAGAGGACUGGUGGCUUUCCGGCCAUUAACGCGAGUUUGAUGAUGGAGCAGUCACAGAAAAUCUCCAAACUGAUAACAGACUUAAUUACCCACCCCCCGACCAUCAGUCUGACCGGAAAUGAUGCAUGGUUAAAUGGAUCCCUGUACACACAAGAGUUUACAGACUUCCUACAGAGACUGACAGACAAAACCACCAACACGGACAUUCUACAGAAUUUGAUGACCGCUGCCUACCAGAGGCCAAUGAUUGAUGCUCUGACAAUGUCACUGAAAAAUGUUACCGAGUUCCAGACCAUCAUACAAAUCACUGACUGGUUCCUGAUAGAACUCAAAGACAAGAUUCUUACAGGAAGUCCUGAUGCAAUGAAGGACAUCAUCGCUGAGUUCAAAGGUUACCCACAGAUGGAGCUAUUAUUCAAUCUCCUAGACCAGAUGCCUCAAUUCUAUCAAACUGUGCUCUAUAAUUUCGUCAACCACAUGGAAAAGAUCCCAGGACUGGUUACUGUUUUAUCCAAGGACUGGGCGGGGUUCUGUAACGAGACAGACAGACUUCUGUAUGACGAUCCAUUACAGACGUUCAGUGUGAAAACAUUCCUCCGUGACUUGUGCAUGUUAGAUUUUACAGAAAUGAUGAAUGAAGUUGGGAGAUUUCAGGUGUCCAACAGAACGGCUGUGUCUUCUCUGAAUGUUAGUACGGGGUUAGAAGACAUCAUACAAAAGAUAGAAGACAUUGUCAAGAUGCUGAAUUCCUCGGACGUGGAUAAUCUUCCAAAGUUCAUGAAGCUGGAAGUUUGGGCCAAUGCAUCCUCCAUGUUUGCCAAGUCCCUGACAGAUCCCCAGAUGAUCACAAAUUGGAUAAGUGGAGGAGUUCUUAGUCUGGAGAGCCUGUUGUCGGGAGUGGACGGGGAUCAGCAGAUGAUGCAGAUCCUCGAUGUCUCGUUCACGGUCAUCCAUUCAGUCUGGUCCAGAUUCAGCAACCUGAGAAACGAUUCGGUGCUGGAUAUUAUGGAGCUGCUAAAAGGAGCUGACAACACCAAGAAAAUGUGGGAACUGGUGCAGCAGCCAGGCUCUAUUGAAGUACUCAUGCAGUCUGCCAACACACCACAGUUUAACCAGCUGGUUCAGAAGAAUAUGUCUGAGGCGCUGUUGGACCUCUGUGACCCGUCGAGGAAAAUGUUUCGCCAGAUCUUCGUGGUUCCUUCUGGAGUGAGCGUGAACCUAACUGACCUCCAGGUCCGACUCUGUGCAAUCAAUCUCACACAGCUAGCCACAGAAUGGGAGGAUAUUAUAGAUCUGCACACCUUGCAACUUAAGAUGGAGCCCGGUUACCAUCCCUCAUUAAACUGGACUGAGGUCACACUGUUUUAUAAAGAGAUGUCUCGCUCUGUGUCAGAAUGGAUCGUAAAUCCCCCCAUUGUGACGGGUUACCCCACACAGUGGGCAAAUGAAUCCUACUGGCUUCAUGUGAUCAUGCAGCAACAAGCGUCCUCGUGGUCACUGACCAACAUCACAACUCAGUUGAAGAGCUUUCUGAAUGCCAUGUCACCAUUCCUGGAUCAGGAACCAAUCAAAACGUACGGCUUAUUUCUGGAAAAGCUUCUCAACCUGACAAAUCAGGAGCUGGAUAUGAUGGAGGGUAGGAAUUUCACAAACCUACAGGAUUUAGUUCACUUUGUCCCUGCCCUGGAGAGGUUGAUGAUGGCCCUGAACCUUAGUGAGGACAUGGCAGAGCAGUUGAUGAUGGCCCCAAUCAAAAACCCAUCAGAGCUUGUUAAGAUGAUAACCAGUGACCAACCCUUGAAAAUGCUCUGUUCUGCAGAAUUCUGGCAAAACCUUGUUUCGUGGACCAAUAGUACCAGUCCCUUGUCAUCAGCACUGUGUCACCUGAACAACUCCGAUGUUAUCGCUGUGAUUAUUGAUUCUCUCCGAGUCACAAACUUGGUCAAAAUUCUGGAGAAUGGAACAUCGACUGAGAAACCAAACUGGAUGAAUAUCAUUAAUGAAGUCAUGCAUAUGGUCAAAUCUCUUGAAGGAUUAAUGAACAACACCAGCUCCCAUCUGAACUUAGAGAAUGCGUUCAGCAACGUAAUGAAGGCUUACACGACACAGAACAACACUAAUGAUUUUACAGCCCUGUUUAAAGUCUAUGGUGAGCUGGCUAUGAUGUUCAACAACACAGAGGCGUGGCAGAAGGUGAACGAAUUCUUACAGACCGGGGAUCUACUGAUGUCCUCCGCCAUCAGAUUCAUUGACCGUCUGGUUACGCUUGACCCCGAUGACAUCACGGGAAUUCUUCUAGGCCUAAUGAAACCAAAUGGUGUAAAGAUUUCUGACCUGUUUAUGAAGGACAUGAGUCUGUGGGACCUCUACAACUUGACCUGUAAUGCCACGGCCUGGAAGGAAAUGUUCAUGUUCUCGCCGUCCACCAACGUCACCGCCCUCGCCAACAUGGUGUGCGUCAUGAACGAAAAGGAGGCUUCCCAGUUCAUUGCAACUCUCAUGUUGAGAAAUCAGACCCUCUCCCCAGUUGAUGUCCAGCAGUUCCUGAAGGUCGUGGAGAAAUUUAAUGAUAAAUUUGCGAAGAUGCUGAAUGAAUCUCAUGACAUGUUUGGUAUCAACAUGACAGCAUUUAAUCAACAGCUGUUGAUGGAAGUGGCUCAGCUCUCCAGCAGCACAUCUCCAGUUAUGAUCAACAGCCUUGAGAAAUAUUUUGCUGCUAUGAAUUCAUCAGACUCGGGGGAGAUUGCUGCCAUAAUUAAUGGGAUGUCACUGUGGCUCAAAAUGUUGUCUGCCAAAAUAGAAAACAUUGCCAACCAGCCCCUGAGUCUCGCGGUGAUCUUGGGCGGGGCCAGCACAGAUCCAGCAGUGGAGUUCAUGCUGAGUAACGAGUUCCUUAACAGUAUCGGAGACAUCCAGGUCAACCCUGAACAGUUGUCCUCGGCUCUCCAGAGUCUGUCGUCUUCGGAUCAUGUCUGUGAGGCAAUCCUACAGUCCCUGUCUACCCCUGCAAACAACGCCACCAUGAUCCAUCUCCAGAAUUUACUCUGCACUCUUAAUCAGUCCUCUCUAUUGAAUGCUGCCAUGACGGGGUUCCUGGCCAAUUACCAGUUUGCUAAACAGUUCCAGGCAGUUAUAGACGAGUCACUGGCGGGACGGGCUGCCCUGGAUCUUGAGGGAUAUAAUGAAGCGUCCAUUGCUCUGAACACUGCUAUUAAUCACUUGGUCACGAAAAACUGGGCGGGACAGGGCCUGGACAGUAUCUUCAAUGUCUCCGCUCUGCUGAAUUCCAUACAGCGACUAGAAACAGCCUUCCAAAGCUCGAUGAGUGAAAACCUACUGAAGAUGACACCAGUGCUUCUGCAGUCUACCCUGGGAGCCGUUCCUGACCCUUCAGUAGCUAGAAUCAUCAUGACUCUCAACACAUUCCUAGAGGUCGCCAACGAGAAAUUCCGAUUCCUCCAUGGAUCUUUGGGGAUUAACAAUGUCCUCCAGAACUCCACUGGUUUGAUACAAUACUACAAUGCUAUAAUGAUUCUCACCAACAGUACAAUUGAGGAGGUUCAGAAAAUGAAUUUUACUAAGCUGAUAGACUCUCUGAUGAACAUUGGUUCUAUUGAGAACCUCUGUAAACACAGAACUGUCCAGCAAUACUUCGGACUGCCCGCCGACUCGCCGUGGAUCCCCGUCCUGUGUGCUGAUUAUAUUGGACUGUUGAGUUCUCUAGACAAUCUGACUGAUUCCUCAUAUAUUUCAAAUCAAUUGAUGGAAAUCUGGAAUUCUACUGGACCGGUGGACGUAAACUGGGCUAGCCUCAGUAAAAACAUGGACACCUUCACUUCUUCUCUCUCAGAACUGCUCAAGGCACCACCUACAUUUUCACUGACCUCAAUACUGGAUGCCAACCGCACCAUGAACAUGAUCUCCGAGUUCAUUAACGAUCCCCAGAGAAUCGUUGAGUUCAUACUACAAACCAGCAUAAUGGACAAGUUGCCCCCUCUACCUGAGACCUUCCGCGGAAUGUUCAAUGUCCUGACAGAAAUGCUGGCGUUUUUAGAUGAUACACAGAAUGUGAAUGGACUUGCAGAGGUUUUCAAAACUUGGUCUUCGGUGAAUACAAGAUAUGAACUUGCAUCCAGUCGCUUUAAUAAGCUUGUUACCUUGCUUGAGGAUCCACAGAAGAUGACCGAUUUCUCUCAGGUUUUCUGUAACCCCGGGAUAAUCACCCAACUCCAGACCUACUUCUCCACCAGUGCCUCAAACGUUUCGAACAUCUUAUGCACCAAGUCGCCAGACACCUGGUACAAAGAACUCCGGGAUCACCACAUUCCACAGGAUGUCUUCACUAAUUACAUAUUGGCAAUAUACAACACAGAGAGAAGCGUAGACCUAGUUCCAGAUCCGGCUCCGAUUCCCUGGAGUGAAUUGCUUAAGGAGGUCAAGAAAAUCUUGGCAGCCAUAACUUCUGAUAAUCAGAUCGACUGGGAGCAUUUCCUUAGUCAAGGGACACCAGUUAAUCAAACAAUUCAACAAAUUAUGGACUGGAUGAAGUUCUUCGAGCAGGAGUUUCACAUGGGCAUUAAAGAGUUCUUGAAUAUUUUUGUCCCGAUCAGUGAGAUGAUUGACAAACAGAUGGAUAAAAUCAGAGGAUUUGGCCAUGAUGUUCCUAUGUCUGCACUUUUACCUAACAGCACAAGUCUGGCCCAUCUGAUGACAGAUGAAAUGAAACAACCUUCUGCAGCUAUUUUUGCCGCCGCCAUGGUUGCUCCUGAGAAGCUGAUGGACCUGAUAAUGAAGGGCACCUGGAAUGACACACUUUGUAACUUGACCCAGUUCAAGGCUACUUUCACUUUCUCAUCUGGGACAGAAGUGGAGAAAAUCCAGUCUGACCUCUGUAACGAAAUCCAGGAACCAGCCUCAUACAUCAACAAACUUUUGAAGGACAUAAAUAUCAUGGGCAUCCAGAAGGUGGUCAGUGAGCAGCAGGAUUAUGACUGGCAGGCUGUGCAGACCGCGGUCACUAAACUCGUAGACAAUAUCGUCUCCAUCCAGAAAAUCAACAUCUCUGACGACCUGUCAUCCUGGGUGAGGCCUGUGAUGGACGUGUUCACUAUGGACCUCAUAACGGAAGGUAACCUGGAGGGCACAUGUAAUCGCCUCGUGAUGUACGGCUCUCACUCCGAGACUUACAGGAAGGACGUAGAACCAGUAUUACUGGCCAUCAGCAACAACAUGCUGUCCGCUAAAAUACAGAUACAGCUGCAACUAGAUUUUGAAGAUUUCUUGUGUGAUAUUUCGAGUUUGAAUAUGUCGUCUCUACUUCACAAUUUGGAGUCAAAGAACAUAUCACAGUCUAUCCAAGAGUACAUCAACCUGAUGGUUUACCAAAAUGCAUCCAGGUUUGAGUGUCAUUCAAUGUUUGCGACAAUGAAUGAUGUUACAAAACUGUUCGAGAAGUUGAUCAAUCAAACGUUUCAAGAUAGCGGUAGAACCAUGCAGUGUCUAGAACAGAUUCCCAUGCUGCCAUCCAAAAUAUUCUCUGGAGACUUCAUGGAAACCAUUAAAUCCUUCUCUCGUCUGAUGGUGGACGGAAUGACUGUUUUCAGUCAACCGUUUAUGCAGAACAAUGACGUCCUGCGCAUGAUUACAUCUGUGUUCCAGAAACUAUCUACCGACGAUCUCGCAUCAGCCGGAGUCCUGGUUUCAAAUCUCAUGAGUGCAAAUUCUACAAUAGCUGAGAAAUUACAAGACAUUUUAAAGCUAGCACCAGAGGCCUCUUCAGUGUUCCUAAAUACUACCAUCAAACCAGAAUUUAUAAACAUGCUAAUGAACAACUCUGCUGAGGCUGGCCUGAUUUUGUGUGAGCCUGACAAACUGAAAGACUACCUAGAACUGCCAAAGGAGCUCAAGACGUCCAUUCACAAUGUCUCCUUAGCAUUAUGUGGAACAGAUCCAGCACAGGCAGCAAACACAGCUAAAAUUAUCAGCGAUCUGCUGGCCGUUACUUCCACGGUCGUAAACUCCAAUGACUUUGGCAGUCCUGAUUGGUGGAACCACAUAGCUGGAGAUAUUUCUGACAUCAUCGGUAAGGUGGAGAAACUGGGCUUGUUUAACCUGACCUCCAUCGACCUGGCCAGCGUAGACAUUAAGACUGUUCUACCGUACCUGCAGGAGCUGAUCUACAGGAACGGGCCAGAUGCCCUCGCAGACAGUUUGGUUGAGCUUCUAGAUGAUUUCAAGCCCCUGAUGAAUGAUUCCUUCCUGAGUAGUGUGGCAUCGGAUAUCGAGGUCAUCAUAAGAGGGCUGACCUCACUGAAGGCCAUCAGAAACUUCAUACCCAGGACAGUGUUGAUAAGGACGGUGUUGAAGGAUCCGGCUGCCUUCCAUGACUACCUCACCAACAACCUUAACAUGACUUCUGACGAAGCUACGGCCAUCAUCGAGGGCACCAUCAACUAUGCCUCUUUAAUGCAGCUGAAGGUGGAGGAUUUCGGUGAAUAUACGUGUAAUGUGACCAACCUUCAACGUCUAUUGAAUUUGACCUCCACAAAUGUCAGCAUCUCUGACCUCAGUAAGGCGCUGUGCAACAUGGGGGAAGCAAAGGCUGUUGCUAUGGUAGAAAGUAUUUUGCAGAACAUGGAUCUUGGAAAACUAGUGCAAGAGUAUGUCAAAAUGUCAUCGGACGACAUCUUUGAGCGUGCUGACUUGACCCCAUCAGACGUCCAGAGUGCUGUGAAAUACAUGAAUGAUGGGAGCAGUCAGCUGACGGACCUGACAGACCUAUUUAACAACAAGUCCAGCCAGCUCGGUUUUAGUGGAGGAACUUUCCAAGCCCUUCAUGGUACCGGGUCUUCCUCUGUGUCCUCCCUGUACGACAUUAUCUGUGGGACUGGGACGGGACAGACCACCAGCUCCAUCAAGGAUUCCACCGGAGUAUCUUCUAUCUCCUCCCAGGCCCCCGCCCGCUCCUCCCUCACCUCAGAGCAGAAGGCUGAGCAGAUGAGUAUGCCAACCCCCUUCUGUCAGGACAUGUAUAAGACUGUGAUCGAGAUGGAGCAUGGUUCAGUGAUCUGGGCUUACCUUAAGCCACUCAUCAUGGGGAAAAUUCUCUAUUCUCCAGACACCCCCGUCACACGCAGGAUGAUCGAAAAGAUGUACAACAGCAGCUUUAAAGUUUUGGCAGAGGUGCAGGAUUUAGCAGAGCAGUGGUCCAAGGGUACCCAGGACUUAGGAGAUUUCCUGUCAGACACUGAGACCCUCAGUAACAUCAAGAGUUUGGCUGGUAACAACUAUGUCAACAACUUGCUGGAGUCCACGCUACAGAUUUCCUCUAAGGACAUGAUGGACAGCUUCUACACACUGGACACUUUCAGCAGCACGGAGAUCCUCAACAUCUCCACUUUUUUCAGACUCCUCGCUAACUACACGCAGUGUGUGUCCACUGACAGAUUCGUGGCUCUGUCCGCCGAACCGGACAUAGAACUCAUGGCUAUGCAACUACACAAGAACAAUACUUACUUAGCAGGUAUUGCCUUUGACAUGAAAACAAAUGGACGACGGAAGAGACAAGCCACUGAUUCCAUUCCUAAACAUGUUGUCUACAAAAUCAGGAUGGACAUCGAAAAUGUAGAAAGCACAAGAAAGCUUAAAGAAAGAUUUUGGCGACCAAAUCCCGAGGACGACAUGUUCCUACAGAUGAGGUAUUUCCGAGGAUUUAUCCAACUGCAGGAUAUGUUGGACCGUGCCAUUAUAAAUCUCCAGACCGGAUAUGACCUCAAUAACACUGUGUAUCUACAACAGUUCCCGACACCGUGUUACGUCAAUGAUGAGUACCUGGAGUUGCUGAGCUCCUACCUCCUUCCUGUUAUGAUGACUAUUGCCUGGCUGGCUGCCAUUUCUAUUGCCACUAAGAACCUGGUGUAUGACAGAGAAAAUGGCCAAGAGGAGGCUUUGAAGAUUAUGGGUCUAAACUCCAUCCUGACCUGGUGGGCAUGGUUCCUCAGCACCAUGCUGGUGAUGACAAUUACCUCCCUCCUGUGUCUUCUGCUGCUGAGAGUGGGCGGCCUCUUCAUGUACUCGGACUUCGGCAUCAUCAUACUUUACUUCUUGGCAUUCUGUUUCUCCAGUACUAUGCUCUGUUACUUGGUGGGUGCUUUCUUCACUCGGACCACGCUGGCCAUCCUGUUUGUGGUCAUCAUCUACCUCCUCUCUUAUCUCCCUUACAUUAUUCUGGUUUCCAUGGAAACCCAUAUGGAGUUUUAUCAGAAGAUCCUGGCUUGCCUGUUUUCUACCACUGCCUUUGGGUUCGGAUCACAGUACCUGGCUCGCUACGAGAUCCAGAUGAUUGGAGUAAACUGGAACAACAUAGAUGUCAGUCCCAUAGAAGGAGAUCGAAUGAACUUCCACUGGUGUGUGCUAAUGAUGGUCAUAGACGGUGUCAUCUAUCUUCUGAUUGGCUGGUACAUCAGAGGCGUCAAACCAGGGAAAUACGGAGUUCCGGAGCCCUGGUACUUUCCUCUGUCUCCGUACUACUGGGGAUGCAUGAAAUCGACAGUGGUGUCAUCAGACAGAUACGUCACAAAUGCAGGCACAGGUGCUCUAAUGGAGGAGUUUAGUAAGGACCAAAGAGUUGGCAUGUCCCUAAAACAUCUCAGUAAGAAGUUUGGAAACCAGGAAGUGGUCAAGAGUCUAAACUGUGAUUUCUUUGAGGGCCAGGUGACUGUUCUGCUGGGUCACAACGGCGCUGCCAAGUCCACCACACUGAAUAUGAUGUCGGGCAUUUUGCAGCCCACCCACGGUAAGGUAUCAAUCUACGGACACAGAGUUCGACACGGUGCCACGCAGAUAGGAAUCUGUCCUCAAUACAACGCUCUGUUCCACUACAUGACAGUUCGAGAACACCUGGAGUUCUAUUCUGCAAUCAAGUCCAACUUUUCUGGAAAGGAAAUUAAAAGGGAUGUAGACAGCUUGUUGCAUGAUGUUGACCUGUGGCAUGUCCAGAAUGCAGUAGUGUCCACUCUGUCCGGGGGCAUGCAGCGGCGUCUCUGUGUGGCUCUGGCCUUCGCUGGGGAUUCAAAGGCGGUCAUUCUGGAUGAACCAACAAGUGGCGUGGAUCCAAGUGGGCGGAGAAGUAUAUGGAACCUCCUGGUCAAGCGGAAAAUGAGAUGUACCAUUCUGCUGUCCACACACUUCCUGGACGAGGCCGACACAAUUGGUGACCGAGUCGCGGUGAUGCACAAAGGCCGAAUCCUGUGUACAGGGUCCCCCAUGUUCCUUAAACAGAAAGUGGGCAGUGGCUACCAUCUGAAAUUCGGCAAAGCAGAUUCCUGUAAUACUGAGGAUGUGCUGACUGUGGUGAGGUCCUUCAUACCGGAAGCUGCGAUUAUUAAUGAAAUAGGGUCAGAGGUCACUGUGUCAUUGCCCUUCACAAUGGACCAAUCAAAUCAGUUCUUCAAGUGCCUGCACAACUUGGACAGAGAGGCCAUGUCGCUAGGUGUGGACAGUUACGGAGUGUACGACACAACACUGGAGGAGGUAUUCCAUAAAGUGUGCUGUGUGGCAGACAAUGACACCGCCUUAACAGAAGAAGUUUUAAGGGAAUGUCGUCAAAAGCCAAAACUUGAGAAUCCACUAAAGGAACAUGAUGAGAACCCCACUGAUGAACACGGUGCCCGGUACCCCAUGCAUUAUUCUGGAGAGAGAAGGGAAGGAAUGAUUAAACACAAAUUGAGUCAGUUUUCCGGCUUGCUGAUCAAACGUUUCCAUCACUACCGUCGUGACUGGCGCAUGUUUCUCUCUGUGUUGGUUCUACCCCUGGUAUUUAUGUUCGCUAGUCUCGGCUUGAUGGAGUUACAGCCUCAGAUGGACAGUACACCGACCAGAGUCCUCACUCCCCCGCUGUAUGGACCCAGUAGCCAUGCCUUUAUUAAGGAUAGCGUCAAUAAUCUAGUGACCAGUCAUAUGAUGGACAGCAUCAUGUCGAACCCCGGAUUUGGAACAACCUGCAUGAAAAAUGUUGACUAUGGGUCUCCAUUUGAGUGUGUGACUCCAGACCAGAAGUUUUCUACAGUAAUGGCCGGCCAGAAGUACAGCAACUGUUCUUGUGUUGACAAUAAGUUCACCUGCAGCCAUGAUACAAUAUACCAGGAAGUGCCACACAUGAAGACCAGGACCACAACCCAGCUGUACAACAUCGGGGGUAGAGACAUCGAGCAAUAUCUGCUGCAGACCUCACAGAGGUUCACAUGGAACAGAUUUGGUGGUCUCUCCUUUGACCCUGUGUCUGGUGACCCUAAGAUGAUGAAAUCGACGGUCUGGUUCAAUAACAAAGGAAGACACGCACUACCCUCCUUCUACAACGCCCUGUCUAACUCCGUGCUGAGAGCCACACUCGCCGAGGCAGGAGUUACUGACCCUGAGAAUUUUGGUAUCACGACCAUGAAUCAACCCAUUUUACUUCACGAGCAGCAGCUCACUAGAGACACACUGUUGAAGAAGGCCUCUGAUGUAGGGAUUGGACUGUUUAUGUUGGUGGCUUUCUCCUUCAUCCCUGUCGGUUUUACUAUGUAUAUUUUGAACGAACUGCUGAAGAAAGAGAAACAGCUGCAGUUUAUUAGUGGGACUGGUCCUCUUCUGUACUGGUUCACGGCCAUUUUGUGGGAUAUGAUGCUUUACUGCGUAACUGUUUCGAUCACUAUUGCUAUCAUGGCCAUCUUCCAAAAUGCCACUUACUGGGAGAGAUCUAACCUGAACGCUAGUAUCCUGUUGGUCAUUCUGUAUGGCUGGGCAUCGAUCCCCCUGAUGUACAGUACGAUGCGGAUGUUCAGGGAUGUGUCCACAGCGUACAUGGUUCUGUUCUGUGGCAGCGUCUUCAUCGGAAUCACCACAGCCAGCACUAUAUUCCUCCUAGAGUACUUCUCAGGAUCAGAGAAAAUCAAGGAGGUGUUUGAGAUCCUGAGUUACAUCUUCCUGGUCUUCCCUCAGUUCAGUUAUGUUAAUGGCUUCCUGAAACUAACAGCCAAUCAGCUAAAGACAGAGAUUUUGUCCCAGUUCGGACAGGACGGCUAUGUAGAUCCAUUCUCCUUUGACAUGCUAGCCUGGAACUACAUUGCUAUGGGUAUACAAGGAGCCGUCUUCUUCACAAUCACCCUGCUGACCGAGUUCUCAUGCCGUUGCUCAAACAGAGUUCCCCCUGGGUUACAUUCGGAUUACGAGAAGGAGGAUGAGGAUGUAAGCACUGAGCGUGCUCGUAUCACAGAGAACACGACAUCCGGGAACUCCGUCACCGUGUCAAACUUGUCCAAGUUAUACACCCGUGGACGACAUGACUUCUUGGCCGUGAACCGGUUAUGUUUUGGUGUCAAGAAAGGAGAGUGCUUCGGACUGCUUGGAGUGAAUGGUGCUGGUAAAACUACAACAUUCAGAAUGCUAACAGGAGACAUUCUACCAUCAAAGGGAGCAGCAUUCAUCAACAGUCACAGAAUUGCCUAUGGGGAGUCUAAGGUGGGUCAAGACCUCGGGUACUGCCCCCAGGAGGAUGCUCUGGACCGGUACCUGACAGGGGCAGAGGUUCUACACUUCUAUGCCAGGAUGAGGGGACUUCCCGCCGGCUACAGAAAAUAUACUGUUCACGACUUGAUCCAGAGGUUGAAGCUGAGUACGUUCGCUGACAAGGCUGUACAUACAUACAGCGGUGGAAUGAAGAGGAAGCUCUCGGUAGCUGUCGCCCUGCUGGGUGACCCCAGCGUGGUCUUCCUGGAUGAGCCUACCACUGGUAUGGACCCAGUGGCCAAACGUCACGUGUGGGAUUGUUUGACCGCUGCCUUGGACAAUGGCCAGUCCAUUGUUAUGACCUCCCACAGUAUGGAGGAAUGUGAUGCCAUAUGCACGCGAUUAGCCAUAAUGGUGAAUGGAUCCUUCCAAUGCAUUGGCAAUUCUCAACACCUCAAAGACAAAUUUGGAAGCGGCCAUACGCUGACAAUACACCAAUGUGGUCUUCCCUCCGAGAGGCACGAAUUAAUGAACUUCCUCCAAACAAGAUUCCCAGGAUCCAUAUUCAGGGUCCAACACCAGGGGGUGCUGGAGGUGCAGGUGCCCAGUGAUCACACGUCUGUGGCUGAUGUCAUACAGGCCCUCGAAGAGCAAAAGGAUCGAGGAACAAUUCAAAACUUCUCUGUCUCUCAAACCACACUGGAUGAUGUGUUCCUAAGCUUUACUCGUGAGCAGACAGACGGAGUGAUUUCAGAUGGAUCCGGGUCAGACGGCUACUACGACGACAGUGACGCCAGUGGAAGUAUGUCCCAAAUCAGCAGCUCCAUCUCCAAAGGUCAAUUUGCCUACAUGAAUCCAGGGUAUGCUGGAGACAAGGGGGAGAAAAUGGGACAGCUAUCAGCAGUGUUUGUAAAUCCUGACGACGAAUUCACAACCCUCUGAUACAUGACAUUGUGAAUACAGAA